CGCAUUACAUGGACAGUGACAGUAUUUGACAGCAGAGAAGGAAAAUAACUGUUACUGUUAUCUUUGGCUGUUAUCAGUCCUGAAAUGGAACACCCAAAGGGAAUCCAUUCAGAUUCUCUGUUGGUUUGUUUGCGUGGGAUCUUGUCCAAAUCCUGGCAAACUCGAUGGUGUGUUCUACACCCAGGGAAUGAAGAGACUCCUCCAAAACUCGUGAUCUUCGAAUCAGAACCUCACAGUAUUAAGCAUCCACAUAACAAAAAGGUGAUCGAUUUAGGACAAGUUGAACACAUAAGAACUGAAAGACUGCACUCAAAGCCAAAGGGUUUGGAACAUGGAUUUGAAAUUCUUACCAGCCAUCAGAAACAUACCUUUGCUGUAAACAGUGAAAGAAGCUUGAACACCUGGAUAAAAGUUCUUCACCAGCAAGUAGAAGACUAUCAAAACAGAAUGGCAAGUCGACUGACUCAUGCACACACUACAGCAGAGUCGGAUGAUGAAGAAGAUUACAAGCAUUUGUACAUGGAUGACAAUAUCAUAUAUGAAUCGGCAGACCCCAAUGCUGUGCCCAUGUACAGAGUGCAGAUAGCGGAUGAUGAGACAGCACAGAGAUUUAAUCUGCAUGGCUGGUACUUUCUGGCAAUCAAUCCUGUCAAUUUGGCCUUGAUUGAUUGUGGAUCACGAAAAGCACUUUAUCAAUGGCCUUAUCGUUUUAUUCGACGUUUUGGAAGGACUGAGUCAGUCUUUCAGUUUGAAUCAGGAAGGCGUUGCUUGUCAGGUAUUGGUAGCUUUAUUUUUUACACCACAGAAGGUGAUAAUAUUUACGAAAAUGUCAAUUUUCGAACCAAGCAGAUCAGACAUCAAGAGGAAGUCCAAAAGCCUUCUAAUAUCGUACGGCAAACAUCACAGGAGAAGAUAUCUACUAAAACAAAAAAAGAUCAAAUAACUCAAAGCAAUGAGUCACAGGAAAGAGCUGCAAGUGUUGGCAGUAAAGAAAAACCAGUUCCAAAACCUCGAAACCAUGAAAAUGAAUUUGCACCCAGAUCUAAUUCAGUUGGACAGUCCUAUAAAGCAGAACAUAGCACCAAAAAAGAACUGUUUCAAAGUGUGUCAGCUGAACGAAAUAAUAAUCACAAUACUAUAGGUCCAAGCCACCUUAAUGACAGCUUUAAAAAGAAAUUGGAAUUGAGGUUAAAACCCCAAGAUGGUGAGGAUCCUGAAAGUGGCAGCACUCUGUCUAAAAGUUUGAACAGUGAUACGACUGUAGAAAACCAAGAAGAAAAAGUCGCCCAUGCUGCACUUCAAAAAACAGUAUCAGGCAGACAACUAUCUGAUAAGAAGAAAAAACAAGAGGAAAAAAAACGGAAGGAGGAAGAAGAAAAAGAGAGAAAAAAAAGGCUGAAGGAAGAGGAAAAGAGGAAGAAGGAGGAACUGAAACGGUUGAAAGAAGAAAAGAAGAAGAGCAAGCGGUCGGACAAGAAGAGGAACAAGACCCCUACAACAUCUCUUACAAUAGAUCCCUACGAUGAACCGACAAUGCUGAAUGACUAUGAAGACAUCUCCGAUAUGAGUCCAAGGGAUUCUGGCGAACCCAUGUAUUCUGAGGCAGCACAGAGUCCACCAAAACCAGUGUUCACUUCCAGCAAACCCAGCCCAAACCAAAAGGCCGAAAGCAAUCCGGGUGACAUUUAUUCGCAGCCGGUGAAGACGCAGGGUGAUGCGUGGAAGGAGCAUUGUCGUGAGGGGGACAAUGAACAUUCUGAAGACUAUGACAAAAUCAAGAUGGCUGCUUCUAUGCAGCCUAGUUUCGAGGGGCCUCCAAUUCCUGAAAAAAAUUUCUCAGUGGACGAAGAAGAUGACGAUGAUGAGACUUACGAUCGUUUCACCAACGAAAAAACUGCAACAACAUCUGAAAACAUUUAUGGCAUGGCGUCUGCUACUUCGGUUUUCAAAGCAAAAAGUACUGCGGCUUCCAAGGUCGCUCCACCACCUCUGUACGAAGAACCAGAUGCUCUUGUUGCUGCUGUAGCAAAGGUUGAAGAACCACUCUACGAGGAGGCAGAGGUUCAGGUUAUGCCUGUAUUUGGCAGAGAUUCGUACACAUGUGCACCUGGAGAAUACGUCGCCUAUGAGAAGAAAAAUCCAUCUCUGGCCCCACAGGGAGGGGAAGAUGAUGAAGAUCCAUAUUCUGAUGUUACUUAGCUCUCAUUACUGAACCCGUGUCGCUCGGAAAACUUCUGUCAGAGUUGCAAACUUGAAUGUUUUUAAUACGUGUACUCUCUGAUUUAUUUUUCUAACAAAAGAUGAGUAGAUUAAUACUUGUAUAUAAAGUGACCUCUUGGAAUAUUUAAAAUUCUCUUGGAUUUGGAUACUGAAAUUAAACAUCAUAGAUAAGAAAAUAACUUUUUUUAAUGAUGUAGGAUUUCGGCUUUAUUGUUAGAGUUAACCUUCUUAGACUUGUCCAAUAUAUUUAUCUACUUAAAUGGAACAUCAUAAACCAGAUGUCAUGUCAUCAUCAAUUUUAUUUUCUCAUCUUGUAAGUGUGAAGAAGCCUAUGAACGAAUCAUCUUAUUUGUAUUUGGGGUGAUAUUUGUAACAUUGUGGUACAAUCCUCAACUGAGUUGCGAUGGGUUCUCUGAUUGAUCAUCCUCCAAUGUCCAGUGAUUGGUAUAUCAGAGGCUGUGGUAUGUGUUGUCCUGUCUACACAUGGCAGUGUAUAUAAAUAGUGAAAUAACAGGAUGGAAAUACAUGUAUCUGUUUUUGUUUUUCUGCAUUAACUUCAGCUUUAUAAGAACAGGACAUUAUUUUAUAAGUAUUAUGAUAAGAUUUAAUGUGGAAUGUAUGUGUGAUUAAAAAACAAUCAGUAUUCCAAUUUAAAUGUUACUGUGCAGCGCCCUACCAAAUUUCCAAAAAACUUACCUUAGUUUACUCAACAGAAAGUAUUAUCAGUCUGCAAUGUAUAGAACUUAACUAAGUAGAUAUGGAUAUAAAAAAAAUUGUUUUUAUUUUUGACUUAUUUUAUUCCUAUAACAUAUUGUAGGAAUUAAUAAUCAAAACCUCUCUCUCUCUCGCUCUCUCUCACACACACACACACACACACACACACACACACUCACUCACUCGCACACACACACACACACACUGACUCGUUCUCUCUCACACAUACUCACUGUGUGUGUGUGUCUCUCUCUCUCACUCUCUCUUUCUCUCUCUCUCUCUCUCUCUUUCUCUCUCUCUCUCUCUCUCUCUCUCUCUCAAUCUCUCUCCCUCCCUCCCUCCCUCUCCCUUUCACUUUCUUGGGUGAUCAUUUCAUUGGAAAUAUAAGUUAGCAAAUUAUGUCAUAAGACAAUUUUGUUUACUGUGUAUAUAUAUAUUUGCAUCAGUAAUGUUUGUUUCUGGAUUCCUUAAAGACACACAAUGUGACUAUCUGAAGUGAAAUCUGCUCAUUUUAUGGACUGAAGUUAUUCAUCUUGUACAAAGCAAUUCUGUAUUUACUAUUUACUAACCUCUGUUGCUGUAAAUAUUUGUAAAGUGGGGAGGUCUGUUAAAAUUCUAAAAAGGGCAGGUUUGAGUUUGCUGAAGGUAAAUCAGCCGAGUUCCCUUCCAAAGAGAACAGGAUUGCGAGCAUACUCCCUGGACAUUUUUCAAAUAAAGGUGCUCAGAGAUAUAUUUAGUGUUGUAUGUUGUAAAUGAUGAAUUUAAAAAAAAGAGUGACACCCUCAUUUGACUGGUGAGUAAAUAAUAAUAAUAAUAAUAAACAUUGAUUUGACUGGUGAGUAAAUAAUAAUAAUAAUAAUAAUAAACACCUGCAUAUAAGUGUAAUAAAAAGUUUGCUUUGUUUUGUUUAAUGACACCACAUUGAUUUAUCUGUUAUUGAUUGUAAAACAUUUGGUAAUUUUGACAUAUUGUCUUAGAGAGGAAAACCACUGCAUUUUUAUCCAUUAGAAGUAAGAGAUCUUUUAUAUGCACCAUUCCACAAACAAGAUAGCACAUACCAUGGUCUUUGAUAUAGUGGUUGUGGUGUACUGGCUGAAAUGAGACAUAGCCCAAAUUGCCCACUGACAGGGAUCGAACCUUAGAUCACCCACGCAUCAGGCUAGCGCUUUACCACUGGGCUACAUCUUGCCCACAUAAGUGUAAUAGAUAUGGUCAGACCAUAAAGUUUUCCUACAAAAAGUAAAUGACAGACCCAUAAAUUAAAUUAUAUUAAUAUUUUAAAUGACUGCUGUGUGUUUUCAGCUAUUGGUCAGUCUCAUCUAUACGGUGAUCCCCACCCACCCUGACAAACACACACAUUUCAAAAGCAGUGGGAUCUAGCUUGGUCACUAUGCUUGAGUUUUUUCCUGUCCCAUCCUGUGUCCCAUGAUUGAAAUAUCAGUCUGUGGUAUGUGCUGUUCUGUCUAUGGGAAAGUGUAUGUAAAAGAUCCCUUAAUACUACUAAUGGAAAAAUGUAGCAGAUAUUCUCUAAGAGUGUGUCAAAAAUGUUUGACAUCCAAUAGCCAAUGAGUUCUGGUGGUGGUGUUAAAUAAAAUCUUCAACACACUUUAAUUCCAGUUCUGAAAUUAAAAAAAUUGUGUCAACCUAUUCGUAAAUUGACCCAAGAAAAAAAGUGUGUGUGUGUGGGGGUUGCAUUCCAUUUUAAUGCCAUGUCGAGCAAGAUUAGGUACUAGUACAUGUUUUAUUAUUCAUUUUGAUGGUGUAUAUAUCAUUAGACAUAAUUACGAUUUAUUUGUUACUAAUUUAUGUUGAUGUUAUCAUUGUAUUAAUGUUUUUAUUAUCAGAUACCUAUUGCAUAAUUUAAUUUUAAUUUUAAUAUUUUUUUUAGCUCCUAGCACAUGUACAAAUGUUGUAUAGUUUAAAACAGAAUUUGUGAUAGUAAUUUAACAUUCAAAUGAUAAUGCCACCAUUAUUUAAAAAUCCGUUUUUGGAACCAUGUGUGUGUGGGUUUUUUCCUUGCUAGUUUUUGCACACCAACAACACAAUAUUUUGCUGUCUGUUUAGAUUUCAUGUUUAAUGUACUGUGUAAUGAUAAAAUGUUGUCAAAUUCUACCAGAAUCCAUGUGGAUUUCUGUCAUUUCACAUCUUACCAUAAUUUUACAUCACAUGAGAAUAUAUUUUUUUCAUGUUUUUUUUUUACAGUAUGAUAUUAUUAUCUGGACACGAAAGUUUUGUUUUCCGACAGUGAAAGUUUGUUUUGUUUAACAACACCACUAGAGCACAUUGAUUUGUCAAUCAUUGGCUAUUGGAUGUCAAACAUUUGGUAAUUUUGACAUAUAGUCUUAGAGAGGAAAGCCGCUACAUUUUUCCAUUAGUAGCAUGAGAUCUUUUAUAUGCACCUUUUCAGACAGGAUAGCACAUACCAUGGCCUUUGAUAUACCAGUCAUGGUGCACUGGCUGGAACGAGUUUUCCAACAGAUGUUAGACUAGUUCUUAUUUUUCUAAGACUGACAUUCCCCUGAUUUUCAUUAACAGGAAUAGUAUGGGACUUGAUUCAUGGAUUGCCAUUUUAAAAAAUGAAGCAUGCACGUUUUUAAAAGGUUGUUAAACAAACCUGUUAGCACACAUCAAGAUUUUUGGUCUUGGUUUUAUAGAGGUUUAGCCCAAUGUCAUGGUGUUUCCAUUUUGUACCCAUAAUUUAAGCUAAACAUACUUCCUUGACACACAGUGGUAUAGCGUGGGUUGCCAGUGCCCGGGGCAAGGCAAGUAUUGCACCCCCUAACCAGUGGACCGUUGGCACUCCCUGAGUCCCUUCCACCAGUCCAGAAUUUUGCAGCCAGGGCAACCGCACCAGUGGCCCUGCCACGCUACACUACUGUUGAUACACACAGUAGCAAAACAUGCAAAGUGGGAUGGCUUUACACCUAGCAUGGAUGCAAAUAGCAUGCACACCCCAAGCAAUACACAUGAAUGAAUGAGGGACCCGUAUGCUCUGAUAGCACUUUAAAUUGUUAUCUCUAUCUUCUGUUCACUGUUUGUGGAUAUAUUUGCAUAUUAAAGAUACAAUUUGUCUAUUAAUUUAAGAGAAACUGCAUUUAAAGAUGUUUUGCUUCUAAGCAGAAGAAAAAUAUUUAAGUGUAUUGCACCAAGUGUAAUUGUGUUUGUUCCAUUGCAACCAGUGCCCUUUGCCUGGUAUAUGAAUGUCUGUUGUUUGUUAUGUUGUGUGAUAAGAUGUUCAUAAAUUAUCCUGUGCUACUAUUCAAGAGGAGUAUGGUAAUUUGCUUGGCACUCAGGUGUGCACUACAACAGCUUGUUCUGAAUGUGCACAUAAAACCCUAUGACCUGACCUGACCUGACCUGACCUGACCUGACCUGCUUGGCAUCAGAUGUUAGACAUGUAAUGUCCAUAGUUUAAAAUGUUCAGGCAUGUUGUUAAACAUUUCUUUCUUUACUCUUUAACACUCUUGAUUAAGUGUUAGCAUUACCACAUGUUUUAACAUCUCAUCUAAUAGUCUUUGAUUAAACAGUAUGAAGAGUUCAUUUCCAAAACACAAUAUAGUAUUGAAUAUACCCCAGUUUCAGUAUGUUGGAGUUAGCAUUGAAGGUAUGCUGUUGUUCAUACAAUUCAAUACUAUGACAGUAAGGUUUCUGUUAAAGGGCGAUCUAUGCCCAUUGGCCAGGAUAUUAAAACUGUGCUUCACAUGAUAUAUAUAUAUAUAUAUUCUACAUCAUGUUGCAGCCAAUCUAAAUGACAAAAGUGUUAUCUGCGAUCAAAACCAUAUCUCUGUACAAUGCAUAUUUGGCAAAAUAGUGGUUGAUUCCAUGAAUCUCUAUCUAGUGCCUCAUAUUUAGGACAGCCACUCCCAAGACGAUUGUUUACUGGACAAUACAUCCUUCUUGCACC